UCUCCUCCCAGCCCAGCCCCACUGGCCAGGCGAGCAGCCGGCGGCGGGAUGCUGAGCGCUGGCCCGGAUCGCUUCCACUGUGCCUUGGCCGUGCUGCCCGGCUGAAGGGACACGCGGGGCCCAGGACUCACUUUCUGAAAUGAUCAACUCUGCAAAUUUCUGGGCACAUCUUUCUUCCGAUAUGAGCAGAUCAAUAAGAUUUCACAUUUGCAUGGUCCUAUGCAGCAUUCUGCUCAGCUCCACCAGCCUGCAAUGUCUAACCUUUCAGAAACCGGAGAAAGACACAGUACGGGUCCAACAAACUGCACUGGCAGGGAAUGGGCUAGAAGACAAGAGGAUGAGCAUGCAAAGCUUGGAAAAUAACGUAGGCCCUUCUGAGCAAUCGACCAGUGUUGCUGUCUCAGAAGAGCCAUCUGGAGUGUCAACAGAGCCAUCUGGGACUUCAUUAAACAAGAUCUUCACUGCUAAAGGAGAAACGCAGCACACAAGUCUUAGUGAUAAUCUUUUCAUAGGCAGUCAGAGCCUCGAUGUUUACCCCCCUACAGUGUCAAUGGUUGUGGCAGAUGAAAGUGAGUUCAGUCCUACUGGCUCAAGCAAAGAGUCGAGUGAAAAUGGGCUACUGAAGGCCAUGCUAACUACAGCUUUGACUACUCUCAAUCCGGACAUUGAGGCUGAUGUGCUCAGUAGUACUGUGUCCAAGACGACAGAAGGGGGUAGCACAGAGGCCGGACAUAGUUUUAUUAGUGACCUGGAUAAGCAUUUUUUUAGGAUGGAUGCUAUAGAAGGAGGGAAGAAUGCAGAUGGUAGUUCCGACCUCUCAGCUACACCCCAGCUUAGCAAUGAAGAAUUGCCAACUCUGCACCCCAGAACCCAAAACUUAGAAGUGGUGAGUGACUACCCCACAAGCCCUUUACUUUUGGCUCAUCAAACAGCUGAUUCUGAGCCUGGAACACUGAAGCCAAAUGUAGGGAGCCCUUGGCAGUUGACAGAUGCCCGUGCCUCUGCCCUCACUGCGAAACAGACAUUUGUAUCCACUGAUGCCUCCCUAAAUUUGGAAACAAAAACGGACAGCAGCCAAGGAAGCUUGCGAGUAGCAGCUAGUGCUGUCACAGGCGCUCCAGCCAUCUCUAUACUGAGUGAUGAUUGGGAUGAUACAAAAUUAGGAACUAUAAGUCAGGUAAGAGGCUCAAAGCAUGAGGAGGAAAAACAGAACGAUGUGAUAGCGGAACCUCCUUGGACAACGGGAGGAGAGGAUGAUGAAGAUGAUGUGAAAAGAGGCAUGCCGUUUACAGCUUCUGCAUAUGCAACAACCGUGAAACUAGAAAAAAACAUGUACACUGGGCCAGCACAGGUGUCCGUGCAGGGGGAGGUGAUGCCAACAGUUUCCGCUGGCCAAACUUCUGUUUAUCUCACAAGUCCCUUGGCAGAAGCUGAAGCGACUGCUAUAAACACAAAGGAAAAUACAGAACCAGUCACAAUGGAUGAUAGGAAAAGUGUCUCCUUGUCAUUGCCAGAGACUGUUACUAUGACGGACACAAAAUCCAAUAUCUUCCUUACCCUGGGAAAUUCAUUAAAAGGUGUUACCCAAGAGACGAUGACAGCCAGUCAAGAAACUGAUGCCACCUUGCCAGUCAUGACACCAGCAUGCUUUGCUGUACACGAGACCACAAGCGAAGCAAGCGUGACAGAGGAAGAAAGCAAGGGGGCAACCCUGAUACCAACUGUUUCUAGUGUAGCCCAGCUGUCGAAAAAGUCAGAACACUCAGCCACUACUGUUGCCUUUACUGCCACCCAUUUGUCUACUGCAAAAACCCCAGAUGCUGAAGUAGUCUUAACAGACCUGGUCACUGUCUCAGAUGAGGAAGCAGUCACUGCUCUUCCCGAAUCCUCAGAGACCCUCGCUGGAAUGAGAAUGCAGGUGGAGGAGCUGACCAGCAGAACUGCGACCCUAGCAACCCCAGCUUUGAUGGCAUCUUCUGUAAGGAGAACUGUUGUUCCAUCUGUGAGGCGGAUUAGCACAGCUGUCACCUACGGAUUGGACCGGCUGGAGUCGGAAGAGGGGGAGGAGGAGGAGGAUGAAGAAGAGGAUGAAGAAGAGGAAGAGGAGGAAGACAGAGAUACAGACUCAAUGGAGGAAAGCAUGGAGGGUGACACGGAGCUGCCAGGGUUCACUCUUCCUAGUGAAACUUCCCAAGAGCCUGUCGUUGGCAUAGGAGACUCUGCAGCCCAGUUGGCAGGGGUAUCUUACCAAGUUCCAGACACCAUUGAAUGGGAACAGCAAAACCAGGGCCUUGUGAGAAGCUGGAUGGAAAAGCUAAAAGAUAAGGCGGGAUACAUGUCUGGGAUGCUGGUUCCUGUGGGGGUUGGUAUAGCUGGAGCCCUGUUUAUCCUGGGAGCGCUCUACAGCAUUAAGAUCAUGAAUCGCCGAAGGAGAAACGGCUCCAAAAGGCAUAAAAGAAAGCAGAGGGAAUUUAACAGCAUGCAAGAUCGAGUAAUGCUCUUAGCUGAUAGCUCUGAAGAUGAAUUUUGAACCUGACUGCGGAGCCGUUGUGAUUUCCAAUGACUUUUUCAGGGGCUAGAGGAGAAGAGGGAGCAAAAGGAAGGCGUUUGUGCUGCAUCACUGCUAUCAGCCACCACGUGCCACUGUGUAGUGGUUUUUACAUCCUGGCAAAACAGGCAUGUUGUAUUCUAAAUGUAAUGCGCAAUGAUGUUUGUUUUUACACAGUAGUGAGAUUACACAUUCACACAGUGCACCUCAUUGAAAUGCAGAAUACGUAUUGUUACAGCUGGAGCCGAUACUAAUGGAUGAUGACUUUGUUUUGAUCACAGUGUAAUAUUUUUGUUCCAGCUGAUGGUAACUAAUCAUAAUUAUUGCUGUCACCUAAUUUCAGGAUGGAAACCUUCACCGAGAAUGACUUCUGUCCAAUUAGUUAACUGUAAAUGUUAUAUUACCAGAGCUAGAGUUUGUCAGUGCUAAAAUUAGCUGUUCUGCUUAAUUAACAAACUACACACUUGAACCGCCUCCCUUGUCAACAGGGAGAUGCCCAAGUACAGUCCAAUUAUAGACAUAAUAAUAGACUCAUUUGUACAUUCCUUGCCCCUAUUUCCCUUGUCCUUUUUAAAAAUCCUCCUUUUAACCGUGUUCCAUGUUUAGGGAAAACAUAUGGAAAUGGCAACAAAACAUGAUUCAUAGCCUAAAUAUUCAGUGUAGUUUUCGCCAGCAUUAUAACAGCACAACAAAUGCCACCGCCCGCACAUUGACAAAUGCUAAGAUGCUCUUUGCAUGAUCUCUUAGCUUUUAUUCAGUGUGCCGCUGGAAUAUCAAGCAGGCAAAAGAAACGGAAAAAGCAGGCUAGAGAGUUUUCAUCUUAAGGAGCUUGUCUGAUUAUUUGUUUGGCGUGGUUCACCUAUCAAGCGGAGCUCUGCCCUCUUAGCGGUGCUAGAGAAAUAAUAAUCGAGUGUCUGUCUCUUUUCACAAUUGGUAACUAACUCUUACAAGCGUCACAAACACCUGUGGCCCUCUGCAUCAUGGAAGGUGCAUAAUGCUGUGGCUGUGUCCUGUCAUCUGAUUGAUCAGGAAAGCAGGUGGUGUGUGGGAUACAGUACAGAAGGCAAACGAAGCACAGGCUGAGGGCUCAUGCGAAAGGAGCUCUCCUCCUCUUGAGCGCUGAAGAGGACCUCACCUGUGGCUGACAGAUUUUUUUGGACCAGAUUUAGAUCACGUUUAGAAGUUGUGCCAGCACCAGGCUGCCGUGCAUGUGACUGUAGAUGGCUCGGCAGUCACGGCUGGGGUACGUAUGGUUAUAGAUAGCAAAGGCCCCCAUCAGUGGGGAAGGGGAGGUCAAGGCUGGGAUACAUGUGGCCAAAUAGGAAAGGUAGUCAGGGCUGCAGUAUGUGUGAUUGUGGGUGCAAUGGGGUCAGAUUGGGAACAUGUGGUCACAGGCCAAAAGGCAGCUGAGGCUGGAGUGAAGGCAGCCAUGGAUUAGGAAGUUGUUAGGAUGGGGUGCGUGUGGCCAUAGGUGGAAAGGCAAUCAAGGCUGUAGUCCAUGCGGCCACAGGGGGCUGAGGCUGGAGGAAAGUGGCCUUACUGGUCAUUUCAUCAGCAAGCGUGAGCAGCAUCAACAUGUUCAGUUGAUUGCAAAAUAACACAGUGAAUUAGCAAAACACGUUUUUGGAACUGAACAGGAAAGAAGGGGCAUUGCUGCGGAGCUGGUUGGUUGAUUGGUUGUUUCGACCCAGAAUAUGUUUAUUACAUUUAUUGUUGUUGUGUUUUAAAAAAAUGCCCCUUAUUUCCUCUGCUCUGGCGUGCCGUGAGAUGGCUAUUUCAUUCUGCAGCCAUAUUACAUUUCUGCAAAAAUCCUUAGUCCCAAGUUGGAAAUUGCCCCUAUUAGAGGGAACCUUGACUAAAGCUGCUACGAGUCGAGGAGACAAGAUGAGUCAAGUAAGGUCAGGAGGCUGCUCAUUUCUCUAGCUCGAUCCCUUUAAAUCUUUGAAAGAAGUACGAGAGACGUGUUUGAAGAAUAGACAGGGUCUGAUUGAAUUCUUUGUAAAGGUGAAAAGGACUGGCUAAUUGCCAAGAUGCGACAUAGCAAAGCCUUGUAAGUUACACCAAUGGGGAUGAUACAGAAGCCAGAGAGACAGGGAGGCCCCACUUCUGCCCUAACACCCUGCCCAUACCCUCCACCCUGUGGGGGCCGGUAGCAUUUGAGUGUGUAAAUUCUAGCGUUGGCAUGCACAGAGGAUAGUGAUCAAACACUGCACGGGCACAUGAUUGUGCGGGCAAAGCUGAGACUUAUGCUUUGAAAAUCGGACUGGCUGCUGACUGUGCAGGAAACAGCUCACGUACCAACCAGCGUAUACAGUGCGAACCAGAAAAGUGGGAUUCCUCCUCUGCGAUAGUGGAAACGGAAGGUCAGUGGUCUGCAGAAUGUCAUGCACAAAUGUGAUGUUUAACAUCAAGCAAUGGAGUUUGCUCACCCAAACCGAGGUACUUUGCAGUAUCUCUUUCCCAUGUUACGGUGGUUUCCCUUGGGAGUGAAAGAAGGGACCAGCAGGAUUUGAAAUGUGCCUAUUGAUGAGUCUUCCAAUCUGACAACUCUGCACGGUGAGUCAGGAAUUUCUCAACGAACACACAGAAAAUAGAGGUGGACUAAGGCUAACCAGAGCCAGUUCCAACAAAAUGUUGGGGUCCCCCUGGAGAGUGUCUUCCUUCAAGCACCCCUCUGGGACAGACUUUCCCUCUCAGCAUCUCCAGAUAGACUCUUGUCUUCCACCCCUGGGUCUUUGGUCUUCCUGCCUUGCUAGGCAGUCCCAGAUCCCCUGGCAGCAAUCACCUAUUUGUUCUGUUGCCACUUGCUACUCUGCCGCUCACUGGUGCUCCUAGGUGUCUCUGUCCAUGAGGUCUGGAUCUCAAGGACCCUGCCUAAAUCCACACGGGAAACAUAUAGCAAUUAUUUAAAUUUAAAAGCGCCAGGGUUGUUUGUUCUUAUAACAAAUGGUUAGUGCCUCUUUCCCUCAGAGCUAGGGAUCAGUCCUAGCUAGGAGAAGCAUUUCCUCUUGAAAUGAAUGCCCACUCUUUUCUUUCUCUCUCUCUCUGAAGUUGCUUGGAGGAGGGGAGAUGGUUUUGGGAUGUUGCUACAUUAACGAAAUGAGGAACUUUGCUGGCUUAACUACCUGCUCCAGCUGGGGCGUCUGGUAAUGGGGAGGUCUUUUCCUUUGGACUUUUUGAGGAGGUGGCAGGGCUUGUGGCCAGGUCUGAUGGUGGAAGCGAAGCCUUCAGCAGAGUGACCUUCAUCCCGGCUCAGCUUAAUUACUGUUGUCUCAGCCGGAAUCAGCUUUUAGCAGGCUGGGAGUAAGAGACUGUACAGGCAACUGCGGGAUAUUUGUGGAAACUGUUCAUCCAUCUUAAAGGGGGAGGCGCAGGAAGAACGUAUGGGCUAAGGGCAUGAACCAUUCUGGAGGAGUGAGUGUAUCUGACUUAGGAGCUGCAAGGUUAGUAACCGGGCUCACUGGGCUCUUUGCCAGCGGCGAUGCCCUGGAAGACAGAUCUGAGCUGGUAGCGGGAAGCUGAGCUGCUGGGGCAGAUGAGAAUCAGAGGACUCGGGAUGGCUCAGUGAGACCCAGAAGGCUGGGAAUCAGCAGGGCUUUCUGCAAUGACAGCCUCUGCAUUGUGCUCCUGCUAGCGAUUGUUCACAAGGGGUAACAGCAGGGUGGGCUCUGUGCAGUAGAUGUCUAGCCUGUGUUGAUUGAGCAGGAAAAGAGGAAGGGUGGGGGUGGGGGAACCCAGUGCUAGGAAUGUUAAUAACGCUGCUGUGGCUGCACUGUGGCCUUGGCUACAUUGGCGCUUUACAGCGCUGCAACUUUCUCGCUCAGGGAUGUGAAAAACCAGCCUCCUGAUGUAAGCUAAUCCCCUCGUGGAGGUGGAGUACCUGCAGCGCUGGGAGAGCUCUCUCCCAGCGCUGGCGCCGCGACCACACUCGCACUUCAAAGCGCUGCCGCGGGAGCGCUUUGGAGUUUCGAGUGUAGCCAAGCCCUGAAAGGAGGCCAGGGCCCCUCAGGUGGGGAUGUCAGCUUGCCGGAUUGGAAAACCUGCGAGUGAGCCGCCCCGGCCUUUCAUUGUGCUAAUAAAGCCGUAAUUUGGGAAGCGCUAACUUUGAACGCUCAACCAUUUCUCUUUUCCCCCCCACUGUUAUUAAGUUCAUAAGAAAUUAAAAGGAAGGCUGCCUGUGGAAAUGAUGAAGCUGCAUUUAAAUGAAACAGCUGCAUGUCUCUCUUCUUGUCUGUCAUGGUGUGUUUGACAGCCAAGAACAGCUCGGGAAUAUCACGGAUUUUAUUCACUCUGCCCGUGCCAGGCGCGUGUGCUAACCACAGGGCUGUAACAGCUGUGUCUGAAGUACGGGUCUGACAGAUAAAUGCAAACGUCCCAAUGGUUAAACAGCACUUAGGUGCGGGAACUAGGGGUGCGGGAGGGGCUGCAGCACCCCCGGGCUUGAAGUGGUUUCCAUUAUAUCCAGGGUUUGCAGUUUGGUUCCAUGGCUCUCGGCCCCCCCCACUAUACAAAUUGUUCCAGCGCCCCUGCUUAUGGUGCGACAUGAGCUGCCGCAGCAGGAAAUUCCAAGCUCGCUGAGAUGCGCUACACUUCCUGGUCCUGUUCAGUGUCUGCCUUGUGGUCCAUCUGGGGGCCAGGGUGCAUCGUCCUGUGGAAAAAGCCUAUGGGAAGCAGCAGAGGGCCUGCGGAACUGUCAGGUGACGCUCAAGAGGACCUGAUCCAAAGCCAGAUGAAGUCGAUGGAAAGAUGCCCAUUGACAUCCGUGGGCUUUGAAUGAGGCUCAGAGUUUCCAGCUAAUCUGCCCUCCUUGCAGGGUGCUGGAGAGGAGGCAGGUGGCAUAGCCUUCCAUAGUGUUUGAAGGGAAAGCCGCAGUCCGGCAGAUGCAGGGACAUCCACAGAAAGGGCAUUUCCCUCCAGGCUUUUGUUCUGGGGCCCCUCAACAUCAUGACUCCCCUAGGAAUGGGGCUGUCAUUUGCCAGGCACGCCCUGUCUGGGCAGAACCAUCCUCUCAGGAGGGCUGCAGGCAUGCAGCGCAACAUAGUGCCGAUUCUAGUAGCACUGGUAUAGACAACUGCUUGGAGAGCCUCGCCUCUGAUGAAGAGCAUGCCACAAAAUCCAGCUGCAGCCUGGAUCUUGUGAUCCAGCUCCCGCUCUGCACAGACAAGGAGAGACGACGGCCAGGCCCAUUAUUAGGCUGCCAAUGAAAAAUCAUUUUGGAAUGGCUUUGGAAAGGAGGCCGGGCCUGAACUAAUGCCCAUUGAAGUCCAUCGGAGUUGGAGCUGGCCCUCAGUAUGCACGCACCGUUUAACUGCGUAUCCAUUUAGGGCCUGAUCCAAAGACAGACAGUGGAAAGACUUCAGAGGACUUUAAAAUUAUUUCCUAGACAGCAACCUGGGUUUCCCACCAGUAGCUGGACAAAUCCAUUUGAAACAAUCAGGAUUCAGGCUGGGUGGGAGUCGUGUCCUGUUGGAGUAGGGUGCCCAGAUAGCAAGUGUGAAAAAUCCGGACAGGGGGUGCAAGGUAAUAGGUGCCUCUAUAAGACAAAGCCCUGAAUAUCAGGACAUCUGGUCACCCUAUGUAAGCUGAAACUUCCCAUCUCUUAAGGCUUCUUGAUUUUAUUUGUACUUAUGUAUUAAAAUAAAUCACUUCUGGGUUUUUUUAAACUGCUUUUUUAAAAAUAUAACAACCGCACUUGUUUCUGGCCCUACAUUGCAACAGUGGACUAUCAGCCUCUGAAAAUAGGGGUGUAUCAUGAAAGCGUUGGCCCAGUUGUAACCACAGUGCAAUGGUCCCUUUGCUUGGCACGAGGCAGGUAGCUUGCUUCUGUUACUCACGGGUCCCUGGUUAGGAAUUUCAUGCUAGCACAAGCCACAAUUUAUUGUAGGCAUCACAAAAAAGAAUUUCACUGUUUAAAGUUUUGGUUCAAAUGGGAGGAACAGGCCUGCUUGAUGUGCAGUUCUUGUCAUGAAAAAACGUACCUUCACUGUACAGCUGCUGAUUUUAAAACGUCUAUCAUGCUGGAUGUUCACCUUCUAUUAGAUUGAUUUUUUUUUUUUUUUUGGACUGCAUGGCUUCCACAAAGUGCUAACAGCAGUCCCUUGUGCUUUACUGUGGUUUUCUAUUCCAAACAAAACCUACUGCUCAUAUUGUACCAAUGGAAUGUAGCACUUUGUUAAAUUAAAAUAUCAGAAAAUAAAAGCUGUCCAUCAUAUCUAA